AAGCCAACUAGCCAAGGUUGGUUCUCAACCCGUUAUCCCCAUAUAAAAAAAGUCGUCCACCCUCCUCCAAAGCCGUGAUAUAAUGCAAUAGAGAGCCUUUCAUUCCCACAACUCCUUCCAUUCCAUCUCUCAAAGUCUCCACACCACACCAUCUUCCUCCCCAUCGCGUAGCAUCAAGAACCGGAGGGAGGAGAUCGGAGGUACGUACGCCGCCAUCGCCAGCGUUCAUCAGUUCCUAUGGGUCCUCAGCAAGACCGAUCGUCGUCCAUGGCGAACGGCACGGCGGCGGCGAGGAGCAAGGAGGCGAAGGUGGUGCACUACCGGGAGUGCCAGCGCAACCACGCGGCGUCCAUCGGCGGGCACGCCGUGGACGGGUGCCGGGAGUUCAUGGCGUCGGGCGCGGAGGGCACGGCGGCGGCGAUGGCGUGCGCGGCCUGCGGGUGCCACCGCAGCUUCCACAGGCGCGAGGUGGAGGCCGGCGGCGACGACGACCGCGACUGCUCCUCCACCUCCACCUCCACCACCUCCGGUUGAUGAGCCGUCGGCAGCAGCUAGCAGAUGGGCAUUGAAAUAUGGUUUGAUCCCCCUCUCGUUCUUGUAUAAUAUUCAGUGAAAGUUAUGUGUGAUGUAACAUAUGUGUUGAUCGAUGGUAUAUGAUGCUUGUAACUGAUGUGCCUGUACAUGGUUUCCCCUGUUAUUUACUUAUAUAGAAACAGACAUCUUAUAUA